CCACCAACGUGGAGAGCAGAAAGCUGCCUCCGAACGUUGGGGUGACUUCGAACGGGCUCCUCGAGCCGAGGCGCGAGCGGUGACCGUUGGACGGUACCAAUUGCCUUUCGUCGAGGAGAGACGCCCCGCCGGGCGGUACCGAUUGAGACAACCCCGCACCUGUUGGUUCUUUCUUUCAACCGCCUCCCCGCACCCACUCGGGGUUCCGGCGGCUCCCCCUCAGCGCGUCAGGCAGAGAAACGCCCGCUCGCCCCGCCGUAGCCGGCUCGAACCGGAGCAGCCGCCGCCAUGGCCGAGACCGAGGAGAGGAGCCUAGACGAUUUCUUCGCCAAGAGGGACAAGAAGAAGCGGCGGGAGAAAGGGGGCCGUGGAGCUGCUGUUGCCGCCGCAUCCUCGGCCUCCUCCGCCUCCAGCGCGCCUGGGGGAGCUCGGCCGGCCGAGGGGGGCUCCGGGGCCGCCGCCAGCACCGCCUCCUCCGCCAGGGCGGCGGUUAAGGAAGAGGAUGAAUGGAAGGAAUUCGAGCAAAAAGAAGAGAUUGACUACAGUGGGCUCAGAGUUCAUUCCAUGCAAAUAAGUGAAAAAGAAGAUGAUGAAGGUGAAAAGAGAGAAGAACCAGGUGACAACUGGGAGGAGGCUGGUGGUGGUGUAGAGAGAGCAUCUGGUCCUUGGAACAAGACAGCUCCUGUGCAAGCACCUGUUGCUGAAACUAUUGUUACAGAAACCCCUGAACCAGUGCAAUCCAGUGGUGUAUACCGACCGCCUGGUGCUAGGGAGACCAGGACACGGAAAGCACCACAAGGACCACCAGAGAUCUAUAGUGAUACACAGUUUCCAUCAUUGCAAUCCACUGCCAAGCAUGCAGAUAGCCGAAAGGAUAAAGAAAUGGAGAAGAGCUUUGAAGUAGUAAGACACAAAAAUAGAGGUAGGGAUGAGGUCUCAAAAAACCAGGCACUUAAACUUCAGCUAGACAACCAAUAUGCUGUGCUUGGGGAUCAGUAGAGCUGCAUACACAUUACAAUUAAGGAAUGCUUUUUUGGUAACCCUCCUACUAAGGUAACUAAACUACAGCUAACGACUAUGAUGAACAUGCCAUCUUAUUUCUGCUGGAUCUGCUGCGGCAAGUGCAGACUACUUUGACAUAAGUGAUUGCUCUCGCACUAUGGAAGCAUAAUGUGUUACAACUUUCUUCUCCAUUGGAUUUGGGGGAAAUUAAUGUAAAUGGUUGAACAAGAUUCAUCAGUGUUCUUUAAUUACUCUGAAAAAGUAUCUACAGUCAGUGGUCAUUUCAAAAUCUUUUUAUGUUCAGAUACUGAGCCUUCGUAAGGGUUGACUACCUCAGACUUGCUGCACUCAUUGUGGACACCAUGUGGAUCACAACUUCUGGAAAAGAAGGUUACAACUGUUUUAGUGGCCAUCUGAAACUUGAAACCAGCUUCUCUACUGGGUUCCUGUCAGAAAUCCUGCAGAAGUCAGCCAUUUGGUUCUGAUUUGCUAUAAAUAACAAAGAUUUAAGUGACCUUAAUGAGAAACCUGUCUGGUGUCCCAUCCUGAGGAAUCCUUUCAUGUGUAGCCAUAGCCUACUAGAGACUUUCUGGAGCAUACCACUUUCAAAAACUAUCAAAGUAUAGUACCGAGCUGUAGUUUGUUUACCUUUUUAGAUAGAGCUGUACUGAGGUAACCGCAAAACAAAACUCAUUCCAAUGCAAA